AUGCGGUACGAAGACUGGGACAUCGUUCUUGUCCCAAGGGACUCCAAAGCCCCUCUGAAAGAAUUCAACGUAUGCUGUCAUGUGGUCCCAGAUCCUGAAUUCUCUCACGCUCAAGGGCGUUUUGGUCUCCCUACUCUCUGCUGCUUCGUUCCGAGUUUAGAAUUUGGGACCCCGUUCAAUAUCUCCAUUCAUAGUUGGGACCGGCCACCUGUCAGCCAGUUCACUCGAUCCUACAGCAGGUAUAUUGACAAACUCAUCUUCGAAGCAAGAUUAUUCAUUGAUGGCCGGCUCGUGGCGUCAACUUCCUUUGGGCGCCUAGCUAGUUGGCCACAUGCCAUUUCCAAUAUCUUUAAUUUCUCCAAAAAUGGCGAUCUUGAGGCUCUGACAUUCCCGAAAUUCCAGCGGGAGUUUUUGCAGCAAAAUCGCUGGAACCCUGGAGAUAACAUAGGCAGAAUCAAGCUUGUCCUGAGUGAAGGCUUCCCUCGCGACUCUCCUUCUAUGCCGAUAGAGCGCGUCAAGAAUAUCGUUGCAUUCUCAUUCCUGCAUGCUCCUCUCGAUAUACUUGAAAACUCCGGGAUUGCGUGGCCAAAUUCCUCGAUGUGGCAUCAAUCGCACUUCUCUUCUUCAAUGUCUGUUCCAACAUAUGCAUCAGAAACAUUGGAAGUGCAUACCCAUUCACCUCGCCGUAACGCGCCUAGCAACUCCGAACAAUUAGCUUGCAACUUGGCACUAAUUCGGAGUCUUAUGUCAGACAACUGCCCCUCGAUUAGACAGGAAAACAAUUUCGAUAACCGAAGUCCGAGCUCGGCUAUGUUCUACGGGGCUCAAGGAUACAUCAACAAUGAAUAUUCUCUCGAGUGGCCCAGCAUGGCCGAGAAUGUCACGGCAAACCCAGACUCCCAGCCUCUUAGUGAUCAAGCCAGUCGGGCGCUACGGAAAUCAAAAACAGACACAAGCAUGACCGACUAUAUUCCUAUCACUGGAUCAGACUGUCAAUUCUCGCGCAGCUCGGAUCAAACCCAUGACUCACAGUCAGAAUUUCAGGAAGUAUCAGCUUCCAUAAACCAGAACAACAAUGCAACACCUGGAGGAAAUAUUGGAUAUUGUGCAAAUGGUUCUACGCCAUCAAUGGCUUCACAGGACAAAGCGAUCCCUCCAGGAUUGGCAGCCUCAUUUACUAACUCAUUGCUGAACCAGCCAAUACCUCCUUCCCAGUGGCAGUCAAAAACAGGCAAUGCGCCGUCCAAUACCGUUAAAUCACGAAAAGAAGCUUGUCUCCAGAAAAAACUGCAACCUUCUCCGACUUCCUCUAAGUCGAUCCAUGGCAAACUCCAAACUGAUAUUCGCAAAGUCUCUCAGCAGAUUCAUAUGCCGGCAAAUGGUGAUCUUCCAUACCUUAUUAACUCGUCGAAGCUUUGUCAAGAGGAGCAAACUCUCCGCCCGGAAAAUAUAUCAGGGGCAGAUCAAUAUUGCCCAGACAGCGAGCUGCGAACAAUCAUCCCAAGUCUUGAGUCCAUUACUCUAAGAGAUAUAUCUGGAAACUCGGAGAAAGGUACUAAACGAGUUCGGUCUUAUACGCCAGCAUCUAUCAAAGCUAUUGAUAAGGAGGAUGAGUCACGUCGUCCAAGUUCAUAUAUCAAGUUGGCACCUUUCGUUGAGGAGGGUACUGAGAGCUAG